CACUGGAGAUAAGUUCAUGACUGGCACGACAACAGACUAGCAGCAGCGAUCUUUGUUUGUUUCAAAUCAUCUGGAGAGAGUACAAACCACUAUAAUCGAGUAGUAGCAGACAGCUUUUUCUCUGGUGUAUCUGGCCAAUGAAAUAAUCUUACCUAUCCUUGUUCUCCUAAUGGAAACACAGGAACAAGUGAACAUGGCACACAAUGAAUUCAAAGAGGAGCAAACCAAAGAACUGGUGGAGGAGAUCACAGAGGAACACUUUCUCAAAAAUCUCUACCUUUUUAUGAAGAAGAGAGAAACACCAAUAGAAAGGAUCCCACAUCUGGGCUUCAAACAAAUUGAUUUAUUUGUCAUGUUCAAAACUGUCAAUGACUUGGGCGGCUACCACCAGGUGACUGCUCAGCAAUUGUGGAAACAGGUUUACAAUACACUUGGUGGAAACCCUCGAAGUACAAGCGCAGCCACCUGCACCCGCAGACACUACGAGAAGCUGCUGCUGCCCUAUGAAUGCCACGUGAAAGGCAUUUCCAUCAGGUCCAUGAUGCCUCAUCAUCAGCUAAAGCCAUUCCACUUUGUUGCCGGCUACAGUAAAGAAGAAGACGACGGUGUCCAGAGACCAGCGAAACGCAGGCUGGUAUCCAUACCAGUGUAUCAGCAGAACCCUCAUAACCUCCAGACAGACCAACACGGAAAUCUCUUCCCUCUGUCUGUCCACUACCCUCCCUACUAUCAGUCAAGCCCCACAGUUCUGCCUCCCUACAUCCCUAUGCCCCCCUCAAUAUUGGCCACACAACACCCACCUGCUCCCAAGCCCCAAUUCCCUUACAGUCAACCUUGUGUAAACUCAACAGAGAGGGUGAAGGAACCAUUAGAGCACUUGCGUUACCUGGCUGAGCGGUACAAGACCUCAUCCGGACUGGCUGAGCCCCUGAACCUCAGCGUUAAAUCAUCAGGCCGGGACAUCAGCAACAACCCUGUUUCAUCAUUUGCUCCACCUUCAGCCAGCAAGAACCCAAAGUUUUUGAACAAACCAUCCACACUAUAUGCCCAUCAUCAUACUGGGGCUCUGACAAAUGAAGGCUCUGAGACACAAGAUGGGGAGUCAAGUGAUGGAGUUGCACCCUCUCCUUAUACCAUGAAAGCACAGGAGGAACAAGUUAUUGAUGUCGAUAUUACGGCACCCUCAAGCAGCCCCAUAUAUGACUCUGCUCUGCCACUGGGAACAGAGGCUGCUGCAGUGGCACAAAAACCCUGUUCUCCAAACACAGACCUUGCAGUCACGCCAAAAGAAGAGACAAAAGUGAUUCCAGAAGUGAUGGGGCUCAAUCUUAGCCAAAUACUGUCCAGUCUCCCUCAAGAGAAGGAUGGCAAAAUGGAAAUUGAGUUACCCCUGUCAGUGUUUCAUAAAUUGCUCAAGAUGUGCAAGUCCUCAGCAAUGAUGCAUGAAAGUAAGGUUCCUCAGCCUACUCAGGAAGGACACCCUGCAGAAAGGAAUUGGCCUAACGCAAACACUUUCCCUACCAAACUGACAUUUCACACAAAUCCCCAACGCCAGAGUUCUGCUGACGAUCUAACAUUCAGAAAUGUGCCAAACCUCAGUCACAACAAUAAAAUCCAAAACCAAUUCAUGAGUUACAAGCCUUUGCCUUCAGGUGCCAUUUUGAAAAAUGCAGUAAACCAGGAUGUCUUGUCAGAAGAUCAGCAGGAUAUUAAUAAGUCAUACAACUCCAAGUCACCCAAUUUCUGGGGUGCCCAUAAGAGAGAGACCCAGUCAUCCAUUGAAGUGGAGAGCGACCCUAGUCCCCCCAGGACUCACCAAGACUUUUCUUAUAAAUUCUACGCAGGUGUCCAGGGAGGGAAGCAGCAGGCGGAGACGGAGCCUUCAGCUAUGCUCAUGGUCAAUUCCAGCUCUGCUCCUCUCUUUCAGCUCACCACUGAAGAAGUCAUGAAGCUGAAAAAAAUCAUCUCAAACUCAUUGUAGAGACCAGUUAAGACAAUACCACAAACACACCAACACCAUGUUAAAGCUGGCUCAUGCUCAUAUUAUAGCUCUAUAUUUUGAAUAUACUUCAGGUUAAUUUCCAAUCAAUUUGUAUCAGCUGAACACAAAAAAGGAAUACAAGCAACCAUUCAAAUCUGCUUGAUUUAAAGAUAAUCUGCGCUAUUUUUGUGUUCUGCACUGAAAUGUUGAUUGCAUUUAACACUUCAGUCUCAUUGUUGUGCAAUCUUGUUUAAAGCACAUGAAGUAGAUUAUUUUUUCUAUUUGUUAAUAGAAGCUUUGUUUUACACCAGUUAUAUUGUGAAAUUAAUCUGUUGAAACAAUAAAUUCUUUUUGUAAACCUU